UAAAAUCUAGCUCUUCAAAUCUUGAACACUUGUAACUAUGUGCUCCUCAUUCUUCUUAAAAGCAAUCCUGCUAUAUCUUGCUAUUCUUUUACAAAUGAAUGUUGUUGUGUCUGGUUUGAAUCUUUCUACAGAUGACGAUGCAUUACUGAAAAUCAAAACCAGGAUUACAGACGACCCUCGCGGUGUUCUCAGAUCAUGGAAUAAUUCUCUUCCUUUUUGCAUGUGGCCUGGAGUGACAUGUGGUCGCCGACACCAAAGAGUCACAAGCUUGAAUCUAACAGACAAAGGUUUAGUAGGUUCUUUAUCUCCUUUCAUCGGAAACCUCAGCUUUCUCAGGAAAUGGAUUUGAAGUAUCUAGAUCUUUCAUAUAAUAACUUUGAGGGAGAGGUGUUUGUUAAAGGUGUUUUCGCCAAUACAAGUAUGAUAUCCAUCCAUGGAAACCGUAAACUUUGUGGUGGCAUACCUGAACUUCACCUACCCAAAUGCACAACUAGCGACUCCAAAAGAGGUUCCAGAAAGCUUUCGGCUCGUGUAGUUAUAGCGAUCUCACUAUCUUCCACAAUUGUAGGUUUAGCUCUCGUGUCAUUUAUCUUGUUUUACUUCUGUAUAACAAGGAAUAAAGAUGAACCAUUGGAUACAAUAUCGACCAAGUCCUUUGAAAAGAUUUCAUACGGAAGACUUUUUAAAGCAACCAAAGGGUUCUCUGCAGAAAAUCUGAUUGGUACGGGUAGCUUUGCUUCGGUCUACAAAGGAGUUCUUGAUGAAAGUGGCUUAAUUGUGGCAAUCAAAGUACUGAACCUUAAUCUCCAAGGAGGGUUUAAGAGUUUUAUGGCCGAGUGUGAUGCCUUGAGAAAUAUUCGACAUCGCAACCUGGUGAAGGUCAUAACUUCGUGUUCAAGUAUCGAUUUCCAAGGCAAUGAUUUCAAAGCUUUAGUUUAUGAUUUCAUGUCAAAUGGGAGUUUGGAGAGUUGGCUGCAUUCAAUACACCAAAUGCUAGAUCUUGCUCAAAGAAUAAACAUUAUCAAGGAUGUGGCUUGUGCUCUUGAGUAUCUACACUGUCACUGUGGAAACGUAGUUGUCCACUGUGAUUUGAAGCCAAGCAACAUUUUACUGGACACUGAUAUGGUCGCUCAUGUUGGAGAUUUUGGACUCGCGAAAAUUCUUUCCCUAGAAGGAGUAUCUAAAGCAAAUAACAAUAGCUCAAGUGUUUUUAGAGGAACCAUUGGGUAUGCACCUCCAGAAUAUGGAUUUGGAAGCGGGGUCUCAGCCAACGGGGACAUAUAUAGCUAUGGGACCCUAUUGUUGGAGAUGAUGACAGGGAAGGAACCUGUUGAUCUGGUGUUUGAAGGUGGUCUAACUUUGCAUUCUUAUGCUCGAAAUGCCUUGGCUGAUGGUUCGGUGCUUCAGAUUCUAGAUCCGGGGCUUCUAAAUGAGAAUACUGAUGAACAGAGCUUGAUUUCGUUAGUAAAAAUUGGAGCGCAAUGCUCUUUAGAGUCUCCACAUGAUAGAAUGGAUAUUGAGACAGUUGUUCACGACCUCAUCUCAAUAACCGUUAAAACGUGCAACCAAUCUUGAUUUGUAAAAGGUCCAGUGCCGCAACCAAAAAGACUAGUAUUUGAUUGUGUUAUAAUGUUUGUUUACCAUAUUAAGUUAAUGUUUGAAUCUGAAUGAAAGUUUCUUUUUUAUGUC